AUCCCAUUCAUGCCUGAAUGUACAUGUACAGCCGCGCAAGAGGCUGAACCAUAUCCCAGGUGCGCAGACGUUUCUUUCCGUGUGUUUGAACUACUUUUUAGUCAAUUUUGCUGUAGCAAGAACAAUGGGCUGCGCAAUAUCAGGGGUGGCACCGAAAACAGCUGGAGAGUCUAAGACGGAGGAUUCUGUUGCGCAUCUGAGCAAGGAGCAGAUUGAGAUGAUCAAAGAGUCGUGGAAAGUUAUCCAGGAGGACAUUGCAAAAGUUGGAAUUAUUAUGUUUGUCAGGUUGUUUGAGACCCAUCCAGAAUGCAAAGAUGUAUUCUUUCUCUUCCGAGACGUGGAGGACCUUGACAGGUUACGGACCAGCCGGGAGCUGAGGUCACACGGCCUGCGAGUGAUGUCCUUUAUUGAGAAGAGUGUGGCCAGACUGGAACAGCUAGAGAGACUGGAGGUUCUGGCUGUGGAGCUGGGGAGGAGCCACUACCGCUACAACGCCCCACCCAAAUACUACAGCUAUGUAGGAGCAGAAUUCAUCUGUGCUGUCCAGCCCAUUCUCAAAGAGAGAUGGAUCCCUGAGCUUGAGGAGGCGUGGAAGACCCUUUUCCUGUACCUAACCAGGCUUAUGAACCAAGGCUACCAGGAGGAGAGGAACAUACAUCACCAGGUGGGAGCCUCCCCCAAUGAGAGGAACACUGCCUUAUAA